AUGAAUCAUUAUAAUCAAUAUGCAAUUACUGUUGCUGGAGGAAAAGGGGAUGGACAACAAUUAAAUCAAUUCAAUAGUCCUGAAGGGAUAUUUAUUGAUACUAAAAGAUUAAUCUAUAUUGCUGAUUCUGGAAAUCAUCGUAUUAUUAAAAGAAACUUGAGUUUAAAUACUGAUAAAAUUAUUGCAGGUGGAGAUAAAAAUAAUCAAUUGACUUUUUCAACCAAUAUAGUUUUUGAUAAAAAAACUAAUUCUUUUAUUAUUUCUGAUAAGAGAAGCAAACGUGUAAUUCGAUAUUUUAAUAAAAGAAAAAUAAAUCAACAAAUUAUUAUUUCAAAUAUUACUUGUCAUGGUCUGGCAAUCGAUAAGAAUGGAUUUCUUUAUGUUUCUGACUGUGAAAAACAUGAAGUACGACGAUGGAAACAACAUGAUAAAAAAGGUGAACUAGUUGCAGGUGGAAAUGGAAAAGGAGAUCAUCCUAAUCAACUCAAUAAUCCUCGUAAUAUCUUUGUUGAUUAUGAUUACUCUCUUUAUAUAUCAGAUUAUAAGAAUCAUCGUGUAAUGAAAUGGAAAAAAGGUGCAAAAGAAGGAAUUAUUGUUGCUGGCGGAAAUGAUUAUGGAAAUAGUCUCAAUCAAUUGUCGUAUCCUCAAGGAGUGAUUGUCGAUCAUGUGGGUCAAAUCUAUGUGGCAGAUCGUGAUAAUGCUCGAGUAAUGCGUUGGUGUGAAGAAGAUGAAGAAGGUGAAAUUGUUGUCGGUGGAAAUGGUUGGGGAAGUCAAUCAAAUCAACUGGAUUCGCCUCAAGGUUUAUCAUUUGAUAAAGAAGAAAAUCUUUAUGUUGUUGAUAAAAACAAUCAUCGAAUCCAAAAAUAUGAAAAACUUUCGAAUUAA